CACGCUGCCGCGCAGCUUCAGCAUCGCCCGCGGCGCCACGACGGGCGAGCCGCCGCCCGCCGCCAUGGCCGCGUCGCCCGCCGCGGGGCCCUCGGGGGAGACGUCCCUCGGCAAGGCCAAGCGCGAGUCGCCCACCACCUCCAGGGGCGGCGACUCCUCCUCUAGGAACUCGACGCCCCGGGGCACGCCUACCCGCUCCUCGCCGGUGUACGGCACGCCCAGCCGCGAGCCCCCGCCCGCGGUGCGGCGGCCCAGCCUGACGCGGGCGGCGAGCUUCGACAGCCCGAGCGUGAGCCCGCGGCGCUCCAGCCUGCGCAGCGCCGUGCUGCGGCUGCGCUGCGAGUCGCAGGACACGGCGGAGGAGGACGAGGAGGAGGAGGAGGACGCGGCGCUUCGGGCGGGCUCCGCCAGGCGCCCCGAGCGAGCCCACGAUGACGACGACGGCGACGACGACGACGAAGGCGACGGCGAAGACGACGACGACGACGACGACGACGACGACGAGGCCAAGGGACACCGCGUCAUGAACGGCGACGGCGGCAAGGGCGGCGCCGCCAGGAGGAGAGGCAGCCGCAGGGCGAGCAGGACCAGGGUGGAGCAGCAGCGCUCGCAGGAGCUGGACUCGCCCAGCACGGCCGCCGUGCCCAUCGUGGAGGCCCCCAGCGUCAGGAUCUGCGAGGCUGCGUGGGUCCUCCGCACGAUGCUCCUCUCCCGCGCCCCUCAUCUCCUGAAGGACCGGCGCCACCACGGCAGACUCCAGCCUCGGUGUGGCGUAGGGACCGAGCUGACGGAGUGGCUGCUGGCCCUGUCUUCCGUCGUGCAUUCCAGGUCGCAGGCGGCGGGCAUGUGGCAGUGUUUGCUGGAGGAGGGCGCCCUGUAUCACGUAACGGGCGAGCAGCCGUUCCGAGACAAGUACAUCUUCUACCGCUUCCUGGAGGACGCCGCCGCCGCGCCCGGCGUCCCCGCGGCGGCGCCCUCGUCGGCGGAGCGCAGGGAGGCGGAGGAGCGGCUCACGCCCAUCCUGGCCUUCCUGCAGCAGCGGGCGCCCGACGCGCUGCUCAGGAUGAUCCUCAGGAAGCCGAGCCACGAGCGCACCAUCGAGGACCAGGAGCUGAUCUACGAGGAGCUGCUCCACCUGAAGGCGUUGGCUCACCUCUCCAACUCGGUCAAGCGGGAACUCGCCUCCGUCAUCAAGUUCGAGUCCCACUCCAGGGAAGGCACGAUCUGUGAGUACACAGUGAUGUCGGGUACGCCCCAGAAGAUGCUCGAACACCUCCUGGAGACGCGGCUGGACGGGCGUCGCGGGAGCGUGGGCGGCGGCGGCGGCGGCGCUGACCUCUCUGACCUCCCUCUGAGGCGCUGUGACCUGGCCUCCAUGGACCUCUUCCUCGACGACUUCCUCUUGACCCACAUCGUGUUCAUGCCCUACGCCCAGCUGACCCAGGAGCUGCUCAGACACUACCGGAUCGACAGCCAGAGCAACAGCCAGGACGACCUGUUCAUCGUGGCCUGCAAGCGACGAGUCAUCCACUUCGUCCACCGCUGGGUCGUCACCGUCAGGACGCCCGUCUUCACCAACCCCGCGGCGGCGCAAUUCCUGCAGACCCUGCAAGAGGAGGUGGCGCGCGACAUGGAGUCGUUCGGCUCUGCGCUCCGGGAGGAGGCCGGCCUCAUGCUGAGCGUGGCCGACGCCCUCGAGCGGCACGAACGCGACGGGUCGGCUGCGGGCGUGAACAAGUGGAAGCUGCCGACGAGCGGGCGGCCGAUCAGCCUGUUCGGGGUUUCGUCCCACGAGGACAGUGCCGAUGCGCACCGCAUGAUGAGGGCGCAGGAUGACAGUAAGGGCGGCAGCUUGGCACCGGAUAGUUCUGUGUCGCACCUUUUGAUGUCGUCCUCUGUAAUCUUCCGCGUCUACUGCGCCGAUCACACUUACUGCACCCUAAGAUUCCCCCUUCAGACGACCAGUGACGCUAUCAAGCGAUCGGCAGCGGAUAAAUUGGGUCUCAGGCUGGAACAUCUUCUGCUAGUUGAACUCAAGUCAAAUGGCGAAGUGAUCACCCUGCGGGACAAGGAGGUGUGUCCCCCGACGGGCCUGAGCCUCAACGGGCGCCUCUUCGUCUGCCACAAGGACCACCUCGACGCCCUGACCCCCCACCCGGAGCAAGAGGGGCCGACCGAGGGAAGCAUCAACCAGCUGGAGAUGUACAGCACGAGGGAACUUGCCUUCCACAUCACGGCGCAUGACUGGGAUCUCUUCAGCGCUAUUCAUGAGUACGAGUUCAUCUACGAGGUGUUCGGGCGCGACCACUUCGGCCAGGUCAUGUGCAACCUGGACGUGUUCCUCCGCCGCUUCAACGAACUGCAAUACUGGGUCGUGUCGGAGAUGUGCCUCACGUCGGCGCUGUCCAAGAGGGCGCAGCUGCUCCGCAAGUUCAUCAAGCUGGCGGCUUACUGUAAGGAAGAGCAAAAUCUGAAUGCUUUCUUUGCCAUUGUCAUCGGCCUGAGCAACGUUGCCGUCACUCGCCUCACGCAGACCUGGGAGCGCCUCUCAUCCAAAUUUCGAAAGAUGUACACCGAAUUCGAGAUGCUGAUAGAUCCUUCGAGAAACCACCGAGCCUACAGGAUCUACGUCGCCAAACUCCAGCCUCCGAUCUUGCCAUUUACGCCGCUUCUUAUGAAAGGUGAAUUGCUUGAAACGAGUAGUUACGCGUCUCCCGCAGCCCUGGAGGCGCCGCCGGUGCCCAAGAACGAGAGCGAGAUCCGGGUCUACGUGAAGAACCUGCAGGUAAUCGACAACCAGCGGCGCCUCCUCUCGCUCUCGCAACGCCUCGAGCCCAAGCGACCGUAGGAGGGGGCACAGAAGACGCCCUUCGUACCCCUGGGAUCUGUCCGAGCCCCUGGGAGGUCCUUCGUACUUCUGGAAUGUCCUCUGAGAGCUGGGGACGCGCGUCGUAUCGACGGGACGCCGUUUCGUACUCCUGGGACGCCCUUAGAGAGCCCUCGGAUGUCCUUCGUCAUGAUGGGCGGUUUUUCAGGACCGUGUGAUGUCCCCUCGUCCCUUCAGGACGUCCUUCGUAGUGUUGGAAAGUCCUUCAUUACCGUGCGACGUCCCUGAGUAGCCCUGAGACGCCCUUCAGCACUCCGGGGUGUUUUACGACACCCUUCCCCCUUCGCCUCGAGCUCAAGGGACACCAAGAGAGGGGAACGAGAUGGGUUUGGGACGCGCCUCACAUCCCUGAAGCGCCCUUUGUAAACCCUAGGUCGCCCUUCGUGUUUUUCUUUUUUCUGUGGCGCCCCUAGGAUUCCCUCCUUCACAUCUCGCAGUGCCUCGUGUCCAGAAGAUCCUAAGUUGGGGAGCCAAAUUGUCCUAGGAUGUUUCUCGCUGCUCUUCGCAAGCCCUUCGUGGUUCCUGGAUACUCUCUCGACGCUCUUGCGACGUCCUCCGUUCCCCUGAGACGUCCUUGGCUGCCUACAGGCGCCUGAGGACUCUCGUGACUCCUUGCCAAGACGCCCUCGGAAUGUCUUUCACAAUCCUGAAGAAGAAACUCUACGGAAGAAAAAAAGGCGGGAAGGAGGAGAACGAGGCUGGGUCCUCACUGCGGAUUAGGCACUGCGAGUAAGAGUGUUUCUUGCCAACCAAGGCUCUGGGGAGUAUUUUCAAAAGGACGAGAUAAAAACGAAGUAGAAAAUGAAACAGAAAACGUCUUGAAGAAAGGGGAGAUAGAAAGGAAAUAAAAAAUGAAACAGAAUGUCUUGAGAAAAGGGGAGAUAGAAGGGAAAUUAAAAAAAAGUAUUUGGAGAAAAGGGAAGAUCGAAAUUAAGCAGAUCAUGAAAUAGCGAGUAUUUUGGGAAGGGGAGAUAGAAAUUGUCCCCCUAAACCCUAUAUCUGCAACGUGGUCCUUUUUCGUCAAAGAUAAAUGGUACGUACCCAGCUGGUGCCGCCAUUAUUAUUUUUAUUCUCUCCCCCACUGACUUCAAAUAUUGGGAAAGUCUUCCUAUAUUGUUAUUCCUUCGAAUUUGAAUAUUCUCACAAAGGAAAGAAAAAGUAAAAGAAAAAGGUGAAAUUCAAUUUUUUAAAGAUAUGGUCAAGAACUGGGAUAAAAAGAGAAGGGCUUUGAUUCCUCGGUGCAAAUAAUUAAUGGAAAAAAAAAACAAAAAAAUCUCGGUGAAAAUAAUGAAUUGUUUUCCCUCUCCGAUUCGUGGAAAAUGUGUAAAAAAAUGAUGAAUAUGUGAAUGAUGAUAACGGAACUGAUAAAGAAAAGUGAGGAAUAAAAGAGGGAAAAGAAAAUUGAAAAAAAAA